AUGCCUUCAGCGCCAAUCCCUCCCUUCCUCCUUCCUCGAGGGAUUCCGUCUAGACAAGCCCUCCUCUCCCUCUCCCGGUCUGCGCGUACUACCGGACCUUCAACAACCCACCGCUGCGCAUCAAGCAAGUCCAAGUCCAAAGACGCCAGCGGGAAACCGCGCGUCCUCGCCCAACCAGACAAAUUCCGACCACCUUCUCACCCCGCGCGUCGUGUCGUCAAUACUCGCAAUGGCAAGGUCGUCAACUACCCGGGCCCCAAGCUCUCCAAAGAGGAAGAGGCGGAGCGGGCGAAUAAGCAGUAUCCGAAUAUGUUUCCGCCCGAGGGCACAGUCAUGUUCCGCUUUUUGACGAGUCGGUGGAUUCACAUCUGGAUUGCGAUGGGUGUAUUGACGAGCUUGGCGACGUUUACGUUCACCACCAACUUCAAAGCAACGAGUCCCUUUGCGCACCUACUUCCGCCGUGGUCGGCGCUGCUUAGUCACCCCAUCGACACGGUUUCCCAGGCGCUCUCGGUGUUUAGGAUGCAUGUGCAGCAUACUUCUAUGGAGACGAGGGAGAAGCGGAAGAGGCGCGUGGACGAUGCGGAGAAGAGGAGACAGUUCCGGGUUGCGCACGGUCUGGAGGAGCCUAGUGAGGAGGAACUGGCGAAGGAGGGUAAGCUGGCUGAGCAGGCGGACGACCAGUCGCCUAUUGCGCCUGAGGGUCAGGCCCAGAGUGCCGGUGCUGGGGAGUAUGUGGAUUGGGAGGGGAAGAGGAGGCCUGUUAAGAAGUGGUUGGGAAUUUGGUAG